AGACUUAUUAUCGAAUCGGAGGAUUGCAUGCCCUAAUUUAUUGAUCGCGAGGCAAACACGCCCAUCUUACGCUUCAAAAUUUUUAAUAUUCGCUGCAUCCGUACUAUCUGCGUCCCCCUCUUACAUCUGUUCUUACAUCUGUUCGAUCUUCAGGACGGAGAUGGAAGCGAAUACUUCUCCGUUCAAGGCUGUUGUGCAGAUAAUUUUGGGAUCAUCUUCAAUAGCACGUCGAACAAUAUUAGCUGAGAUGGGAUACGAGUUUACAAUUAUGACUGCAGAUAUUGAUGAAAAAUGCAUACGAAAGGAUAAGCCAGAAGACUUGGUUAUGGCUCUCGCUGAGGCAAAGGCUGAUGCUAUCAUAUCAAAACUACAAACUAUCAAUCAUCAAGAGAAGGAUGUUGAACAAACAAUCUUGAUUGCGGCUGACACAGCAGAAGCCAUCUUACAAAGGCCCAUUGGUGACUACAUAAAGGAUGCUGAGCCAACACUGUUAAUUACUUGUGACCAAGUGGUGGUCUAUGAAGGUGUGGUCAGGGAAAAACCAUCGAGUAAGGAGGAAGCAAGACAGUAUUUGAAAGACUAUUCUGGGAGCCAUGCAGCAACAGUGGGAUCUGUGCUAGUUACAAACCUUAAGACAGGAUUCAGAAAAGGAGAAUGGGACCGAGUGGAGAUCUAUUUCCAUGAAAUACCAGAUGAAAUCAUUGAGAAACUGAUUGAGGAGGGGAUUGUGCUUAAUGUUGCCGGAGGACUGAUCAUAGAGCAUCCUUUGAUUCUGCCCUUCGUCAAACAAGUGGUUGGAACAACAGAUAGUGUGAUGGGGCUCCCCAAAGCUCUGACUGAAAAACUUUUGAGGGAGGCCCUAUAGCUGCCCAAGACACUGCUUCUUCAUACUUGAUAACCAGCUGAGUCACUUUAACUGCAUCUGUUAUGCCUGAUCUUGGUUUCAUUAAAUCAAUUGUUAUCUAAAUGUCUGACAGGAGCUUUUUUAGUAUUAUUUGUUACUUACUCCCUUCGAAUUGUUUGUCUAUUCAAGUUUCUUUGUUGAUAGAAGAUUACAUACUUGAUUUGUAA